AUGCUGGAUGACUUAGACAACGUCUUCGACGACCAUCCAUCCCUGGACGCGUCGCUCGAAGACUUUGAGAACAAUACCAACCCCCACAGAUCCCCAAUGUUCGCUCUGCCAUCCCAACACUCCGGAUUCCGGUCUGAAGACUCAGAUGGGGAAGAUGCAGAGAUCGAGGACCCCGCCCAGGAGCGUUGGUCACCUCCAGGCUUUCACCAACCCGAAUACGUCCAGGGCAGUGGAUGGUACCGCCACCAGCCCUAUCUACGCAAAGAUAACCUCAAUACGGAUCGCUUGCAACUCAAGCCCACAAUCGGGCUGAAUACCCCCCUCCAUGGAAGAUCUCCAAGUCCGCCUCCGGCUCCGACAGGACGCACACCUCGCCACAGUCCCGAGGACGACGGGGUGGGCUUUGGUGCGGAAAAUCUGAGCAACUUGCGCGCAGAAGUCCAGCACCGAGAACCCGUUGCCGCAUUGUUAGGCUUUCUGCGCUCAAAGUUCGAGCGCAUGACCAGCUCCAAGUCUAACACCACCUUAUCUAUCAUAAUCCUCCUCCUCUCAGUCGCGUUCAUGCGUGCCCUAGUCCUACCAGGCCUCCCGCAAUCGAUCCCCGAUCUAGUAAAGCUAUCCGGCUUUGCGCGCUCCUUCGAACCACUGAUAUACUACUCAGAGAACGGCGUCCAGCAAAUCGGCACCCUACAAGAAACUGGUGUCGCAGUCUGGGAUCUGAGCGAGUCCGUCCGCGGCACAAAUAUGACCAGCGCACCCAUAAUCGUGCGCCAACUCGAUGAACUCUCCGAUUCCCUAAAGUCCCUUUCCCUCGAGCUAACCCGCUUCUUCGCAAACGUCGACUCCGACAUCGACUCCAUCCUGAUAGUAAUGGACUGGGCCAAGCGCGAGCUCGAAACCCUCUCUGCGCAACCGCCAAGCACCCUCCCUACCAUCGUCUUUGACAACAUGCACAACAUGCUCUCACGUCUCGGCGCACUCGAACGCUCGGCCCAGGUUUCCGACAACGGCGUCUCCGCAACCUCAACGACCACAACCCCACUCGGUCACCUCGUAAUGGCCGUCUUCGGGCCAACUUCCGCACAGCGCACACGUACAACCCUAACCCGCACCUUCACGGAGUUCCUCUCAGUCCUGGAGGAAUCAAUCAACAGCGAACUCACCCACUCAACCGCGCUGUUCGCGCUCUUCGAGUCCAUUGACCGCCAGUUCCUCAAUCUGCAGCGCACGGUAGUCCGCGAAUCAGACGCCCAGGAACGCGCAGAGGGCGAGAUGCUUUCUUCUCUGUGGACGCGCGUGCUUGGACCGGAUGCUGCGGCAGUUCGCAAGUACGAGAAGAAUAAGAAACUCCUCGCCAAUGUCCGCAGUCGUACGGUCGCCAAUAAACACCUUCUCGUUGACCACCGCGGCCGACUGCUCACGCUGAAGGUCAAUCUUGAGACGCUGCGCAGAAAGCUUGUUAGUCCGCUCGUGCGUCGGAAUGACUCCGUUAGCUUUGUUGGCUCGAUCGAUGGAGGUGGAGGGAAUGGGAAUGGGAAUUCUGGCUCUACAGGCCGAAUGCUUGGCCCUGUUGAAGCCGUUAUCGAUGGACAGAUUCGUGGGUUGGAGGGGACGUAUGAUUAUCUGCGUACUGUUCGCGAGAAGCAGAAGGCGAAGCUUAUGGAGCUAGUCUAUGGGGCUGGGAGGAAGCCGAGCCGGGCUAUGAUUGAUGGGUUGGAUGAUGAUGAGUGA